AUGAAGGAGAUACAGUGCCGCUGCGUAAAUGACGUGUUCACGGAUGUGAAACUGGUAGCACUCGACGGGACUCCUGGCGGACUGCGAGUGAGAGAGUUUCACGUUGGCCUUAUGCGACCACCGCAGUCUGGGUCAGAGCCCGCAAGGACACUGUAUGCUUCCAGUGAGGGCUCUCCGUUCUUGGAGCAGGAAUGGUGUUGUGUCUUUCGCGAGGCGCAGAUGAAUUACUGGCACGAGCGGCUUGAGGAUAAACUCAUAGAGGAUCCAGAAGUGUUCCAGUACCAAAUUUACGCCAUGGAGUUUCCCAACACGACCACCGCGUCUACUGCAGCAGGGAGGGCAACGCAAAAGCACGAAAAACAACCACUUCUCUGUCAACUUGUUCUUUCCACAGAACGCCUGUAUGUUGUUCCUCGGCAUGACGCCAAGCUAUUGGCGGUAGAACUACCGUUGCAUCACAGCGAGAUGCACUUGCGGUGGUUUACCGUUGCUGCGCUGCAAUCCAUUUCCUUUGACCCCUACACCGGUGUCAUUGUGUGCGUUGGUCGUCAACAACAUGAGGGAAAGCAGCCGAAAAGUUCACUUGCGCGUCAGAGCUUGACACAUGCGGGUUCUGCAGCGGAUUCCAGCAAGGAAGUGAGAUUCACACUGGGAUUUUUUAGCGUGGCGGAGGCGGAGGAGGCGGUGUUGGAGAUUCAACGCGUGUGGGAAUUGACGCACCGCCAUGAGGACUUCCCACUCGCAUGA